AUGCCCAAGACUGUACUAGUAUUCGACGUUGAUGGAACGCUGACCCCGGCCAGACAAAAGAUGCGUGAUGACAUCGGUCAGUUUAUGGCAAACGUACGAAAACGCAUUCCUGUAGCGGUGGUCGGAGGAUCGGAUCUUGCGAAGAUCGUUGAACAACUGGCCGAUAAUCAAGAAGACUUACUGUCUCGAUUCGAUUACGUAUUUUCUGAGAACGGACUUGUUGGAUUCAAAGGAAAGGAAAUGUAUCCAUCCAGAAGUAUACAAGAUCAGAUUGGAGAGGAGAGAUUACAAAAACUGAUCAAUUUUGUGCUACGUUACUUUUCCGAGAUUACUCUACCGGUGAAGCGUGGUAAUUUCGUCGAGUUUAGAAAGGGUAUGCUCAAUUUCUCACCAAUUGGUCGGAGUUGUUCGCAAGCAGAACGUGAUAACUUUGUGGUAUACGAUAAGGAGCACAAAAUUCGAGAAAAGUUUGUCAAGGAGUUAGAAGAAAGGUUCUCGGAGUAUGGACUUCGCUUUGCUAUAGGUGGACAAAUCAGUGUUGAUGCGUAUCCUGUUGGUUGGGAUAAGACCUAUUGUCUUCAAUUCCUCGAAAAAGAUUUCGAUACCAUACAUUUCUUCGGAGAUAAAACAAUGCCGGGAGGCAAUGAUCACGCUAUCUUCAUGGACCCACGCACAAUUGGGCAUACCGUCGUAGAUCCGGCUGAUACGAAGAUUCAAGUUGAACAGCUAUUGAAGGAAUUGGGAGUCUAA